CGAAUUGUCACGGCAUACACACGUGCAAAACAUAUUGAAAGGAAGCCUGUUGUAAACAGAGCAUCUGUAAAUAGGCGGGUUGUACGUAUACACAGGUUAGUGUAUCGUGAAACGUUGAUUGGAAAACUUGAGAUUUUUACUUUCUUUUUUAACUCAAACUCUGUUGUUCGUGUACAACCCAAUAAUUUCACCGUUCGUUUUGGGCCCUUUUCGUAACUCGUCUACCUGUUCAGCUCUUAAAUGAUGCUAACUGAAAGUUCACUGAUUAGUUUCAACAAUCCUCUAACCAGAUCUGGCAAUAUGAAUAAGCUGUGCCGCCAGGUGUCCAUCGAGUCACCAGGACCCAUAAUCAAAGACUGCGUGUUUAGUUUCGAAGUACCUGUUCCAGACGUGCCAGCCGAGGGUGCCAGGAUCCGCGUGGUGUGCGCCGGCGCUUGCUACCGCAUGCGCACCAGGAGCCCAUCCACCUCCAGCGUUUCCUCCGUUGAAGAUUCUGGAUACUCCCCAGCACACCAUGGUGUCCGCGAUGGAGCCCUGUUCCCAGGAUACGAAGUCGCUGGAGUUGUGGACGCUCUUGGAUCAGAAGUAACACCAUCCGAUGAAAUUAAAGUUGGAUCACGCGUGGUACUGUAUCCCUACGAUGGUAUCCCUCACGGCUACGCCGAAUACAUCGUGGUACCCUCUAUGGAUUUCUUAGUGCCGGUACCCGAUAAUCUGCCUCUGGGUGUGGCUGCCAUGCUGCCCACCGGAGCUCUCUUGGCUAAAAACGCGGUGGUCACUGCGCAUAAGCACGUAGUUCAGCUGCUCCAAGACAGAGCCACCGAUCACGUCGUGCGCAUACUAAUCGUCGGCACCGGCGGGCUGGCUCUGUGGGCUUUGCGCAUCGCCGAGCAUCAUUUCCAGGCGCCCGAGUACGGAAGCAGAGUCAAAAUCACAGUCGCCACUUUGAAAGACGAAGGCUUUAUGAGAGCUGCUGCAGAACUAAAAAGUGUGAACAUAGUUCAAUGGAACGAAGACUUGUACGAGAAACAGUUAAUCGAAAGGACUAAGAACGCUUGCAACGGCCUGGUUGACAUCGUUAUUGAUUUCGGUACGACAUCAAGGUCCCUACACAGGUCUCUUCAAUGUCUCAAUUCUGGUGGAGUAGUAUUGGUGAGUGAAGAAGUUGCUGAACGACUGUUGCCCAAGUUUUCUCGUUUAAUUCAUCAAACGAAUCAAAAGAUAGAACCAGUAGCUAACGGAUCCAUCGAGCAACUUAGGGAAUUAGUCAAGUUCGUUGCUACAGGAGACAUAGUCGCCCCUCCCCACACUGAGUUCUCAGCUGACGAGGCUUCCAAAGUUGUAGAGAAGCUUUGUCAUUCAGAAAUCCCUGGCAGAGCAAUUUUAAGAUUCCACGAUAUACAAUAAACGUAUUUAGCAUUUCUGUACACCGGUGAAGUAUGUAAGCUGUCGUAUUUCACUCCCCCAUUCUUUCCUAUUUAUGAUCUUUUUUACCAAAAAUCUAAAUGUUUUCUUUGUGAUUGUAUUUCGUAGGCUUUAAGUUCAAGUAUUAACAAUAUACCCGAAUAUGGGACUUGUGAAUUGUGAGACCUGGAUGACUUGGGUAUUCAUUACUCGUACACGUGGCAUUGUGAUAACCAAUUAUUUAAAGGUCUUAAAUGUCGCAGGCAAAUAUAGUACCGGUUAGUUUACUUAUGUAAUUUUAUUUGAUAGUUAUCUCGAGUCAUGUGCAUUUAAAUGAUCUGAUUAUAUAAGUAAACGAUUGGCUACCCUGAUUCCUUUCGAACUAAUUUCGAUUUUGUCGCGACAAUAUAUGCCUAGUUAGUACCUUACAAAUUUGUUAGAUAAUUUAAAAAUAUUUUUUGUAUUUUUCGACUUAGGUUUAGAUUUUCUUUUAGUAAUGUUUAUAUUCCUUUUGUACAUACAUAUUAUUAUAUUAAAAACAUUACAAUAAAGAACUAUGUAUGUUUUAUAAGU